GCUUAGAGGUCGGAGACGCUUCGGGCUGCUGGCGGUUUCGCCCCCAAACGGCCGUUUUAGCACUUCGUGAACUAACAGGUGUGAAACUUGGUGGGGGGAAAAUCCGAAGAAUCCGGUUAUCUAUUUGCGUACUCUCACCGAAGGAAGCGGAAGUUUUGCCAUCUUGGGAGACAAGGCAACAGGACAGGAGGGAGCAUUUGACGAGGCAUCAUGGCAGAGCCGGAGAGCCUUGAGGUGAUGGUGAAAACCUUGGACUCCCAGACCAGGACAUUUACAGUGGAGGUGGAGAUCACAGUCAAAGAGUUCAAGGAGCAUAUAGCAGGCUCCGUCAACAUCCCCUCAGAAAAGCAACGCCUCAUCUACCAAGGGCGAGUUCUGCAAGACGACAAGAAGCUGCAGGAAUACAAUGUCGGAGGAAAAGUCAUCCACUUGGUGGAACGUGCACCUCCCCAGACGCAGUCGCCCUCCUUGGGGGGUCCCUCCGGAGUGGGACCUUCACCUGUCCCUCACAACGGCACAGGCUCUCGGGGGACGGGUCCCACUGUGCAUGACCGCAACGCCAACAGCUACGUCAUGGUGGGAACCUUCAACUUACCAGUAAGCAUUAUGGAUCCGCAGCCACCCACACAAAGCGAUGGAUCGUCUGUGGAUGUUCAUAUAAAUAUGGACCAGGCUCCUGUACAGAGUGAACCUCGGGUCCGCCUGGUCAUGGCCCAGCACAUGUUACGGGACAUUCAGAGCAUCCUGAACCGGCUAGAGGGACAUGCCAACAGCCAGGCCACAUCGGGAGCUGAGGAAGCGCCGUUGGCCAGCCCGAUGGAACGGGAGCCGAUGGAAGGAGCUGAGUCUGAGCCUCCGAGCGAGCCAACGCCAGCCGAGGAGACACCCCCGUCGGGAGCCGAGCCACCCCCUGUGGCUGAGGCGGCUGCGCCCAACCACCCGUCGCCAGGGGAGUACGUGGAGGUGCUGGGGGAGCUCCGAGGGGUGGAGAGCAGGCUGCAGCCCUUCUUGCAGAGAUAUGAGGAGAUCUUGGGAACUGCCGGCACCGCCGACUACAACAAUAAUACGGAGGGUCGAGAAGAGGACCAGCGAAUUCUCAACCUGGUGGGGGAGUCACUGCGCCUGCUGGGGAACACGUUUGUGGCGCUCUCGGAUCUGCGCUGCAACCUCGCCUGCAAUGCCCCCCGCCACCUCUACGUGGUGCGGCCAAUGUCCCACUAUACAGCCCCCAUGGUGCUGCAGCAGGCAGCCAUUCCCAUCCAGAUCAACGUUGGAACCACUGUCACCAUGACAGGCAACGGUGCCCGCCCCGCGCAGGGCAGCUUGGAAACAUCUGCCCAGGCCGCUCAGGCUGCUCCUGUUACCCCGCCCAGCGCUCCUGGUCCUGCAGAGGCUGGCCGGCCCUCUGAGGGAUUGCCCCCUUCCUCUUCCCCGGGAGUCACCCCGACUCAGACGCAGGCUUCUCAGACGGGCCACCCUCGAGUGAUCCGCAUCUCGCAUCAGACAGUCGAACCCGUGGUUAUGAUGCACAUGAACAUACAAGAUUCUGGUUCCCAGAUGGGAGGAAGCAGUGCUGGGGGAGCCCCCCCAAUGGGGCCUGCUGGACCUGGCCAAGGAAUGGGUGGUGCUCCUCCCAUGCCACUCAGCCUCCCGCCAGAGUUCUUGCAGGUGGUGGCCCAACAGAUAACUCAGCAAGCCAUGGCAGCAGCUGCUUCCGCAGCUACAGGCCAGCAAGUCCCGGGCUUCCAGUCUGCUCCGACACGCGUGGUGAUUGCCAGGCCCUCUGCUCCUCCGGUGCGGCCCACUCACCCUGGGUCACCCCAGGCACCAGGACAAGGGGCCCCUGGCAUGGGGGGAAAUGCUUCCUUGGCUCAGAUGAUCAGUGGGUUGGUCGGGCAACUCCUCAUGCAGCCAGUGAUAGUGGCUCAAGGCAGUGGAACUUCCUCAUCAGCUUCCUCUUCCAUCAGCAGCCAAGCGACCUUCAGCACCAGCACCUCUGCCUCCCCACCCACAGCCUCAGCCAGUGCGGGGACCACCAACACUGCCACCACCGCUGCAGGGGGCAGUUCGGCCAGUGCCCCGGGAGGGCCUGUCCCAUCUGGUCAGCCUCCCACAGCUGCAGCCGAGCUCCAGUUCUCUCAGCUGCUGGGGAACAUCCUUGGGGCGGCGGGCUCCAGCAUGGCAGGGGUGGCUGGCGUGGGUUCUCCCACCAUCACUGUGGCUAUGCCGGGCGUCCCUGCCUUCCUGCAAGGCAUGACGGACUUCCUGCAGGCGACACAGAUGGGGCCAGCUCCCCCCCCGCAUCCCCCUGAGCAGGCCCCACCUCCGGCACAGCCUGCGGCCUCUCCACCACCACCUCCCCCCUCUGUGCCCCCAAGUGGGCCAGAGGUGCCCUCAGCAGGGGUGGGAAGUGGUGCCAACGUUCGUGGCGCUGCCUCAGCCGAUGCUCUGCCACCCGAGUUCUUCACCAGCGUAGUCCAGGGGGUGCUGUCGUCCAUGAUGGGCUCCCUCAGCGCCCAGCAGGGCAGCACGGAGAGCAUUGCGGACUUCAUCCAGCGGCUGAGUGGCACCAGCAACAUUUUUGAGCCAGGCACCGAGGGGGCUCUUGGCUUCUUCGGGGAUCUGCUCUCUCUGAUCUGCCAGAACUUCUCCAUGGUUGAUAUGGUCAUGCUGCUGCACGGACAGUUUCAGCCGCUGCAGCGGAUCCAGCCCCAGCUCAGUCGCUUUUUCCGGGAGGAGUACCUGCAUGGCCAGGAGCCCACCGAGCGCAGCGUCCGGAUGGCCACUUGCAACUUGAUUAACGGCUUGGAAGAGUACAUCCGUGAGAGCUUUGCCUCUGUCCGAGUCCGUGAUGGCGUCGACAUCACCCGCACCAAUCUGGAGUUCCUGCAGGAGCAGUUUAACCGCAUUGCCACGCACAUCCUGCACUGUGCAGACAGCACCUUUGGGUUCCGGCUCCUGGAGCUGUGUAACCAGGGCCUGUUUGAGUGCCUGGCCCUGAACCUCUACUGCUUGCAGGGGGAACAAGCAGCCCUGACGGCUGUCAUCAAUGACCGCAUUAGGCGGAUGUCGGCAGACAUGAACCCAUCCCUGGUGAGCUGGCUCACCACCAUGAUGAGCAUGCGGUUGCAGGUCAUCCUGGAGCACAUGCCCGUCACUGAGGAACAAAUCCUGCAAUAUGUCCGCAGGGUGGGCGAUCCCCCCCAGCCUGUUCCUGAGGAGCCCAUGGAUUUGCAGGCCACCGAGCAGCAUCCUGAAGCUCUGCAGCGCGAGAGUGCAGCAUCCCCAGCCCCAGCCACCACAGCAGAGGAGGCCAUGCCCCAGCAGCGAGGGGAGCCAGAACACGAAGAGCCCCAGCAAGGAGAGCCCCCUGCUCCUGAGGCAGAGCCCUGGGCUGCAGCUGUGCCCCCUGAGUGGGUGCCCAUUAUUCGCGAGGACAUCCAGAACCAGCGCAAGCUCAAGCAGCAGCCGCCCCUCAGUGAUGCUUACCUGAGUGGCAUGCCAGCUAAGCGCCGCAAGACCAUGCAGGGGGAUGGGCCCCAACUGCUUCUGUCUGAGGCAGUCAGCAAAGCUGCCAAAGGGGCUGGCGUGAAGCCCCUGACCAGCCCAGAGAGCCUCCACAGGGACCUCGCAGAACCAGCCCUACAGGAGAGCUACCGGCAGCAGCUGAAAUCUGACCUGCAGAAGCGACUGCAAGCUGACCCUAGUUUCACUCCCCAGAGGUUCCCCAAUGCCCAGCAGGCCUUUGUGGCUGAAGACUCGUAAUGGCUGCUGCCGGAACUCUCCUAGGUCAGAGGUGGAUGGACUCUGCUGCUUGUCUCUCUCUUCCCUCUGUGCACGAAGCAGACAGCCACUCCUUUCUCAGGCCAACUAUUUAAGUUCCUUUCCCACUUGUUUCCUGUCUGAUUGCUGUGAUCUCUCUUGGCCAGUGGGAGGGCCCCAGUUGCUGCUGAAAUUACUAAAUAAAGCCACUUCUCCAGGGGCCAAUAGCAUGUGUGUUUAAAUAAAACAUUUUUUAGGGGAGGAAGAAGUAGUUAUCUUUUUUGUGGAUGACUUUAUGUAAACUGUUAAACCCCUUGCUACCUUUUUGGCAUGCUUCUUACAUUAGUUGUUCAUGUAAUGAUUUUACCAAGUGCUUUCUGCUAUGUAAAAGAGUACGUGGGAAGUCAUCUUGUUUUUUUCCCCUUGGUUGAUAUCCCACUACUUUGGUUCCUGAACUUUAAUAAUAAUUGUGUGGUGACCCCACCCCACUCCCCAGUUGCAUUUUCAAGGCAAGAAAUGAGCAGAGGUAGUUUGCCAUUGCCUUUCUCUCCAUACACCCUUUGUGGUCUUCUGACUACUAUCCAUGGUUAACCCCUGCUUAGCUUCUAGGUUCUGACAAAUCAGGUUAGGCUGGGUUCUGGGCCACUACCUAGACUUUACCAACACAUUAUUAAAUUUAAAGCAGUAGUUUCUAAAGUACAGCCAGGCAGACAGGGUUAAUUCUUCCAGGAAGGGUGCUGCCACAUACAAAAUCAGAGGCUCUUGUGGAAACCAAGUAGAAUCAGAGCCAGUUUGGUGUAGUGGUUAAGAGCAAGGGAACUCUAAUCUGGAGAACUGGGUUUGAUUCCCCACUCCUCCGCUUGAAGCCAGCUGGGUGACCUUGGAUCAGUCACAGCUCUCCGGAGCGCGCUCAGCCCCACCCAACUCACAGGGUGAUUGUCAUGAGGAUAACAACAACACACUUUGUAAACCGCUCUGAGUGGGGUGUUAAGUUGUCCUGAAGGGCGGUGUAUAAAUAAAAUAUUAUUAUUAAUCCUGGCACACAGCCUAGAGCAGUGAUGGCAAACCUUUUUGAGCCCGAGUGCCAAAACUGCAACACAAAACCAACUUAUUCAUUUCAAAGUGCCAACACUGCAAUUAAACCUGAAUACUGAGGUUUUAGUUUAGAGAAAACAACUCAUACAGUUGUCCAAACUAAUUAACAUCUCUCUCUCUCAUUCACUCACUCAUGAGCCACGA